AGUAAAAAAAGAAACGGAAGGGAGGAAAAGCGCGAAGAACCACUGCCAUUAGAAGUGUGGGAUUCUUCUCGCAGUUGCUUCUUCACUUCAUCGCGUCGCCGCAGAAGAAAAAGAAUAGAGGUGAGCUGCACUGGCUAUUAGAACUCCUCCAAUCUGUCGCGAUGCUGCGGCGAACACUGUGUGCGCGGCGCUACCCGUUCACCAAGCAUGGGCCGCGCGAGCGCAAGUCGUGGAAGCACCACGUGCUGACGGAACCGCCGAAGCCGGUGGAGUGGCGUGACCCAAAAGUGUGGACGAAGGACCUGAGCCAAAUGAAGUCCUUUGAGGCCCCGCAGUGGGAUCAGUGGAUGAACCGCGCGCGGUCGCCUGAUAUGGAUGAGGCACUGCAGCCGUUUAUGGACAUGCCGCAGUCCCUCAAAGACCGCCGCUACGACAUUCCGUGGUGGGCCAACCCCUUUGGUGCGUGGUACCUGCAGAACAUUCUCUCGGUCGAGCUGAUGAAGCUUCCGGGGCGGACCAAUGCCGAGAAGAUCGCCAUUUACCGCGGUCGCAAGCACCCACCGAUGUGGGACAAGUCGAAAGAGGGUCUCAUGGAUGACGAGGUGCUGCUGAAGCAAAUAGUAAAGGAGCGCUGGCGCACGCUCGAGUUCGGCGAUCGCGAUGCCGGGUACCCAUGCACCUUCAGCGACUACAUUCAGUUUCUCAACGAGUGGUUUAAGUCGUUAGACGAGGAGGGCAUGCAGCGCUUGCGGGAGCACUUCGACCGCAAGAUUCGCCCCCUCCUCGCCGUUAUGACCCACGUUGACUUGAUGUGGCUCGAGGCGCUCACUCAGAACUCGGUGCAGAACAAGGAGCAAGUCGAACGGCGCAUCGGCUUCCAGACUUCCCUCGGUACGCCGGAGUUCUUUGAUAUGUCGAAGCGUCUGCGGUACGAAAUCAACGAAGACUACAAGGUGCGCGACGAGCUCGGGCCGGAGCUGUUUGCGUUGUGGAGCAAGGCACCCGAGCGGUGGCCGCCCGAGCGCCUCGCGAAGAUGUACGGUCUAGACUUCACCCUCGUGCGCAAGAUUUUGGUGUGGCACCACUUCAAGGCGUGCUACGAUGCGUGCGUGGAGCCGGACUGGACCCUUCCAAAGCGUCUCUUUGCGCUGGAGUGGAUCCGCGACGUCCGGGCCCGCAAGCAAGGCCUUUUCUACGGUAAGCUGCGCUUUGCCGAGCAGAAGAUCACUUUCUACAGCGACAAGUUUCUCUUCCGCGACCUCGUAAACCGUCGCGAGGCGAGCUACGCUAAUGUGUGGGAGAUGGACGACCCCUAUCGCUUUCUGCAGACGGAGCAGGAUUACGAGGACUACUGGGGUGACAACUACGACGUCUACCGCCGCAUGUUUCCCGAAAUGAUUGGCAAGACUGGCGAGCCGGUGCAGCAGUACAGCCAGAUGCCCGUGUGGGCCGGUCCGCAUCGCGACCACGCAAACAAGUCGGAGCACAACUGGAUGUUUGCCGAGAUCGGCGUGAACGUCGGGCACGAGCCGCUCAAGAAAGUAGAGCUCGACCCGACCAACGAGAAGCGGCGCCGCUUCGUCAUUCGCCAGCCGGAUGGGUCGUUGCGGUCCGCCAAAAUGUCUGAAAUGCGUGCCUGGUACUGGAAAGAGGAGUGGGCUGACUUCCGUUUCUGGGCCCCGAACAUGGAGUGGGGCGUAGAGAACACACCGUCGCAGGAGCAGUACCAGGAGCACGUCCCCGACACGCCAGACGCCGAUUACCGCAAGCAGCGACGCAUCCAAUCACGACCGGUGAAGUGGUUUUACGAGAGCCACUACACGCGCACCGGCAACUUCGCCGGCUUUGAGCCGCUGCGUUUCAUGCAGCGCGGCACGCAGCGAGAAGUCCGAUGGCCUGAUGUGAUGAAUGCCGCCGUGCAAAUCGAAAAGUCAAAGCCCAGCGCCUACGUCUUUAAGGCCAUUCCCGAACUCUAA